UAUUUUUAGAGACCACAAAAUUACUGUUACAUUGAAUUGGCCCAGCUGACUAUUAUAUUCAUGUAGCUGAUUAUUUAUAGUUUAGCUUAUACACAUUCAACUAACUAACUAACUAUGUACAGCUGAACCUUCUCUAACAACCUAACUAAUUCACACCAUAUGAUUUGUACAGUGAACUUCACAAAUACAAUUCACGUCUUUUUUAAUAAUUUGUGGGAUCAAAAUUUCAUCUUAUUGUGUUAUUCUGGUUGUAAUGACUAAUGACUUUAGUUUACGGGAGUUGUUGGAGCAUUUAACUGUCAAGGAGGAGGAUGGUGCCCUGUUUCAAGGAAAAAUAAAAGUGUGAAUGAGUAUUCAGUUGCAGUGACAUGUUUGUCUAGUCCCAAAGAUGUUGAAUGGAGCAAUGGAGCAAAUCCAGUAAGUGUGGAAGGAGUGAACAUUUUCGCGGUGUACAUGUAUAGCCAGAAGAAACUAAAGCUCUUAAAAUUGUCCGAAAAUGUGGAGAUUACUUUUCAGCCUUUCGACUAUGAGCUCUUAACAGUCACUCCUAUAGCUGUGUUGUCGAAAAAAUCAGUGCAGUUUACCCCAAUUAGAUUGGUGAACAUGCUCAAUUCUGGUGAUGCAAUCGACUCUCUUGUCUACGACAACAGCGAUGAUGAGGAGGAAGAAAGUUCAGUAAGCAUUGGAGUAAGAUGGAGUGGUGAUAUGAGGGUGUUUGCCUCUGAGAAGCCGUCAUCGUGUACGAUCGAUGAAGUCUCUGUUGAUUUUAGUUACGAAGAUCAUAUGGUCACAGUUCAAGUUCCAUGGCCUAAUUAUUCAAGAUUGUCUGAAAUUAAGUAUGUUUUCUGAAUCAACAAAUCAGGAAAAUUAAAAUUAUACUCCACUUAAUAUCGAAAGCUUUAAUACUAUGAUUUCGUUGGCUGAGGCAUCAUGAUUUUUCUACAUCAAGUUUAAUUAAUAUUUGAUGCAAGGCACCUUUUUUUUUCCUUUGAAGUUCUCCAAUAUUCCUUGAACUAUAAUUGCAUUGUUUGAGACAUGAUGAUUUUUAAGGAAGCUAUAUUAUGUUUGACUAAUUAAUGAGUAUACUUAAGAAGGUUUUGAUGCGAGCAACAAUUAUUUUGUAAUCACUUUUUAGGUAGAAUUACAUAAUUCAAUGGGUUGUAUUGUCGUAGAGUAGUCACAUUUGUUUAUUUUAGGUAUAAGAUGUAGUAGGUUUGGUUAAUUGAUGUUGGGAUAGUCCUCAUGGAUAAAACAAUUUUAACAAAGAGAUAACGGAGACCUCGGUGAUGUUCCACUAAUUUUGGACGUAAAAGUAAAGGCGAAAACCUCUCA